GAGAAACAUCUUCACUCCUACAACUUUUUGUCCAGUUGACAGAUUUUCUUUUGGAUUUUACUGCUACUACUACUACAGACCUCCACCAGACCUCCACCAGACCUCGUCAGCCUGUCCGAUGGGUGUGCUCUGGUUUGGGUUACUGCUGCUCCACCUGUCUUGGGUGGAGGCCUAUCCCAGUGGAGCACCUACGGGAGCCUGUGAGGACAUGAUGCCUCGUCACAUGGGCGUAGAACCUCAAACCUCUCCUCCACCCUAUGCCCUGCUCACCAACACCCGGGUGUACGGGCCGGGUAGCACAGUCACCGUGACCAUCGUGGGGCCAGAGUACAGGGGCGUGCUCCUGGAAGCCCGAGCCCCAGGAGGCCUCAGCGCCCUGGGUACCUGGUGGCUGCCUCCCCCUGAUACGCGCUUCCUGGAGUGCUCGGGGAACCCCCAAGGCGCCGUGACCCACUCCAACACCAACAUCAAGGGGAACGCUACGGUGUUCAGCUGGACGCCGCCGGACGCCGUCGGCCCCGUGUACUUCAUGGCGACGGUGGCUCAGCAGAGGACUGUGUAUUGGCUGAACCUCAGAUCUGCUGCACUGUUCAGAGCUCCGGCCUCAGGUCUGGGAUUGUCGUCUGGGACAGAAGGCGUGGCCCCUGGAGGAACUCUCCUCUCUGCUGCCCUCUGCUGGCUUCUCUGUAAAACACUGCUAUAAUCUUCUGCUUUGAA